CCCGCGGGGCCCGCCGUGGCUUCCGUGCCUGGUCGCCCAGGAGCCGGGGUCCGGGGAGCUGAGCACCCGACGUGCCUUUCCGCCGCCGACUCACGUGCUCACCUACAGCCGCUGAGGCGGGGCCCUCGCCGCGAGCCCUGCCGCUGUGGAAGGACACACACGCGCGCCGAGGACAAACCACCACGACCAGCGACGCAGCCGAGGGCACCCCCGGCCUUCCGACGCUGCGGCGCAGGACCGGCCCCGCCUACCCGCAGCUCCAGCAGCGCUCGCCGAACUCCGGCCCGGGGCGCCGCCAAGCAGGGCGACGGCUGAAGACGUCACCGCCCGCCGGUCCUCGCCAACUACCGUGUCCUUGUCCCCGCGCCGUCCUGUUACGUCAGAGAGAGGCGGUCGGCGGCCAUUUUGGAUUCGGGCGGAAGCCGAAGGAGACCGGCGCGGUCGGGAGCCUCAAAAUUAAGUCGGGACAAGUCGGCUCGUCCUAUUCAAAGACUAGGAGAGACGCCAUCUUCACCGGUUUGCUGGGCCCCAAGGAGGAGCUGCGGCCCCGGGCGCCCGAGGGAUGGGGUCGGAGAGCAGUGCCCUGAAGAGCUACACGCUUGAAGCGCCACCGUUCACCUUGCCCACCGGACUGGCUGUCUAUCCUGCUGCCCUGCAAGAUGGCAAAUGCGCUUCGGUUUUUGUGUAUAAGAGAGAAAACAAAGACAAGGUUAAUAAAGCCGCCAAGCACUUGAAAACGCUUCGGCACCCGUGCCUGCUGAGGUUUCUGUCCUGCACGGUGGAGGCCGACGGCAUCCAUCUGGUCACGGAGCGGGUGCAGCCGCUGGGAGUGGCCCUGGAAGCGCUGUCCCCCGCGGAGGUCUGUGCCGGGAUCUAUGACGUGCUGCUGGCGCUCGUCUUCCUUCACGACAGAGCAGGAAGGCUCGCCGUGAUCGUCUUCGGUGAUCAGCGGUCAGUGUUUCUGAGCUUCUGCUCCAGAAAUGGGAACGCCCCUCCCGUCCCUGCUCCCCAGGGCCGCCUGACGCACAACAACGUGUGCCUGUCGUCCGUGUUCGUGAGCGAGGACGGGCACUGGAAGCUGGGCGGCAUGGAGACGGUGUGCGCGGUGCCCCAGGCCACCCCGGAGUUUCUGAAGAGCAUCCAGUCAGUGAGAGACCCCACAUCUGUCCCUCCUGAGGAGACGUCUCCAGACUUCACGACCCUGCCAGCAUCACACGGACACGCCAGGGACGCCUACUCGUUCGGGAUGUUGGUGGAGCGCGUGCUCACGGUCUUGAGCGAGCAGGGCCGACCCCGCCUGCCGGCCUCCAGCUGUAGUCCUGCAGGGGGGGUCCUGGGGACCGACGAGCUCUGGACUUCAGUUUCAGCGGGCGCCCUCCCCAGCUUCCGGCAGACCCUGCGCCCAGCCCUGCUGAACCCCUCGCCUCAGAGCCGGCCCGCGCUGCGCACCCUCCUGUCCCAUGACUUCUUCAGGAAUGAUUUUCUAGAAAUUGUGAAUUUCCUGCAAAGUUUAACAUUGAAGAGUGAAGAGGAAAAAGCUGAAUUCUUCAAGUUCCUGCUGGACAGAGUCAGCGGCUUGUCGGAGGAGCUCAUAGCCUCGCGGUUGGUGCCUCUCCUGCUCAAUCAGCUGGUGUUCGCUGAGCCCGUAGCUGUUAAGAGCUUUCUCCCUCAUCUGCUUGGCCCCAAACAAGCCCCUGCGCAGGGAGAGGCCGCCUGCCUGCUGUCGCCGGCGCUCUUCCGCUCGCGCGUGGUGCCCGUGCUGCUGCGGCUGUUCGAGGUCCACGAGGAGCACGUGCGCGUGGUGCUGCUGUCACACCUGGAGGCCUACGUGGGGCACCUCCCGCGGGAGCAGCUGAGGACGGUCGUCCUGCCGCAGGUGUUGCUGGGCCUGCGCGAUACCAGUGACUCCAUUGUGGCAAUCACUCUCCACAGCCUGGCCGUGCUGGUCUCCUUGCUGGGCCCCGAGGUGGUGGUAGGAGGGGAGAGAACCAAGAUCUUCAAGCGCACCGCCCCCAGUUUCACUAAAACUGUCGACCUUUCUCCAGAAGGCGAUCACUUUACGCAGCCUGUUAAAUUUCCCUUAAACGGAAUCUCAGAUGUGAAGAGCGCCUCGGGAGACACUGACAGCUUCCCAGGUCCUGACGAGUGGCCGGACUGGGGCGAGCCUGGGGACCAAGCUGGCAGCACACAGGCUGGCCCCGUGGAGCCCCGUGGCACCGCCCAGGCCCCCCGCCCUGGCGAGGAGGAGACAUGGGGUGACACCGGCCUCCACAGCAGCCCUGUGGAGCCUGCACUGGCCAGGGAGGCCACGCUUCUGCAGUCAUGCCCACCCCAAAAGCCUGAGCUCACACAAGGGGACCACCCUAGCCUAGCCAGGCCACCGAAGACACUGUCACACGACAGGCGCCCAAAGCUUCCAUCGGAACUCAGUUUAGGAGAGGAGUUUACCAUUCACGUGAAGCAGCAGCCAGUACGAGACACCGAGUUGGACUGGUUUGCAGACAUGACCCCAGAAAUUAAGCCUUCAGCUGCUCUCGUGUUGCCUGAACUGACGGCACAAAUGGUGGCUCCCAGCAGAGCCACAGCCUCACCAGUGAUGUUUUCCUCGAAAUUUGCUGCGGCAGCGACUGUGGAGGUGCCGGCUGAAGGCUGGGGAGAAGGGGAGCUCGGCUGGGACGACAGCAGCUGGUGACAGUGGCAGGGACAGGGUCCCCUGUUCAAGCCAAACUUGUACCUCAAAAGCAGGCUCUGCAGACGAGAGCCCAGAGCGUUCGGCACUGGGAGACACCCUGGCGGGGAGCCCACAGGCAGCGGCUGGCUGUGACCGGUUUCUAUCACGAGCAAGUGGCAGUGGAAAGGGUGGCUCUGCUGCGUUUUGUCCAGGACAAUUCCAGAAGAAAAUAAAUACAAAGAUCCAAGCUUGAUUAGCUUAAUUUCGUGCCAUUUCUUUAACAGAAGAGCAGGCUCUAUUGUGAAGUACAAAUGUACUAAAAUAGCAAUUUCAAAUCAUUUCUUUACCUGAGAUGUCCUUAGGCAGCUUGUUUCUCUACAGGUGUACAAGCAGCCCCCAGGCAGGCCCUGACUGCUCCACGUGUACCAAAGAGGGGGCCCCACGGUCUUGUACUGGGUCCAAUAAAGACUAUUUUCACUAGA